AUAUAUAGCUAAAAAAUGUUACAUACAAAUGAACAACUAAAAUACACAGUUGCGUCAAAAGGAAGUUUAAAUGUAUUAAACUAUUAAUAAGAUUAAAAACGCGACUCAUAAUUAAAUUAAAAUAAUUAAUAUACCACUAAUCCAAUAAUAAAUAACAGAAAUCAACUAAAAAUACUUGAUAAUGACGUUGAAGGAUAGUCAACUAUCGAAAAUAUUUUUGCUCUUUAAUUAACAAUAGAGAAACUAUUAUUAACAAUAUUUUUAAUAAUAAUUAGUUUUGGAAUAUAUGCUCUCAUAUUGAGAAAUAGUAUCAAACUAAGAUUAAAAUCUUUAUAUAUUAAAUGCAAUAAAUUGUCAGAUUGUACUCAUUUUUUGGUUUAAAAUAUCGAUCAGACCUAUAAUAUAGUUAAAAAAUAGAUAUAUAAAAAUAAAAAUUUUGGAUUUGAAAACAGACAUUUAAAAUAUGAAUAUGAUGAGUAAAAUUAUGGAUUUAUUCCUGUUUAUUAUAGUGAUGUGGAAAAUCAUACUUUAGAAUAAUUAUAUUAAAAGCAUAAAAAUGGAUUGGAAAAUAAAAAGGAGAAUAUUUUAUAUAAGAAGGAAAAAUAUGGAUUGUGCAAAAUACAUAUUCCUAUUCCUACGCUUAUAGAAUAUUUUCUACAAGUAUUGACUGAAAUUUUCUUCCUUUUUUAAUAUGUUUCAAUGGCUAUUUGGAUUGCACAAGGCUUUAUUGUUUUUGCGGCUGUUAUGAUUUUAACUUCUUUGAUUAGUACAUUAGUUAAUUAUAUACUCUUAAGGAUUUCGUUGAAUAAAUUGAGGAAAUUUGCAAAUAUUUAGAUAAAAAUAGAUGUUUAUAGGGAUGGUAAAUUAAUUGUUUUGGACUCUUAGGAUUUAUUACCUGGAGAUGUGUUCAUUUAUAAAAAUAAAAUGAUGAUUCCAUGCGAUUCAUUAUUAAUUUAAGGUGAUGUUUUAGUAAACGAAAGCACUUUAACAGGCGAAUCGAUUCCUAUUCCAAAAUUAUGCAUAAAAUAAGCUGAUAAUUAACAAGAAUUAUUCAAUUUUAAAAAUAUGAAAAGACAUAUACUAUUUGAAGGAACUAAAAUUAUUCAAAAAAAUGAAGAAAUAGAGAAUUUAGGAGUAGUUUUAAGGACUGGUUAUUGUUCUUAUAAAGGAUAAAUGUUUAGAUCUAUGUUAUACCCAAAAGCUAUUGAAUUCGAAUUUUAUAGAAAAGGAAUAUAUUUUCUUUUAAUAUUAAUUGUAUUAGCUUUGAUUGUUUAUUUUAUAUUCUUUUAUAAAAUUAUAUAAAACCUAACUAUUAAGUUAUCUAUUUUAUUAUUAUUUCAUUCUUUAACAAAUAUGAUUCCUCCUGCUGUACCUGUAAUGUUUUCACUUUGCUAGACUGUUGCUUUAGUUAGACUUGGAUAUUCUAAUAUUAUCGCUGUUAAUCCAUCUAAAACAGUAGUCGCGAGUGAAAUUUAAGUUUUUUGUUUUGAUAAAACAGGCACUUUGACCAAAAAUAAUAUGGAUGUGAUUGGCUUUUGCGAUUCUAACAUUGAAGAUUUAAUUACUGAGGUACCUAAUUAAAUUAAAGAUGAAAAAUAAAAAAUUCUUUUAGAUGCUUUUGGGACUUGUCAUGGAGUUUAUUUGGAUGAUGGAGAAUAUUUGGGGGAUGAAUUAGAUGUUAAAAUGGUUUAGUUUUCAGGAUUUAAUAUCAGGAAAGGGAAAGAGUGUAAAUUAGAAGCUAUUAAUGGUAAUUCAAUUUUGAAAGUGAUAAAAUUUUGGGAAUUUGAAAGCUAGUAUUAAAGAAUGGGAUGUUUAGUUUAAGAUUAAAACGGCAAAAAUUUCGCUUUUGUAAAAGGUUCACCGGAAAUGAUGCAAUAAAUUUGUUCAAAAAAUACAUUAGAUAAUUAUAAAUUUUAAGAAAAAUUAAGUAUGUUCGCUAAUAUGGGAUAUAGAGUAAUUGGUUUUGGAUAUAAGGAAUUAUCAUAAAAUAUAAAUUUAAAAGAUGUAAAAAGAGAAGAAAUAGAAAUUGAUCUAAUUUUUUUAGGUUUAUUAAUUUUAGAAAAUAAAUUAAAAGAAGAUAGUGCAGAAAAUAUAUAAAUAUUAAAAAAUGCAGAAAUUAAUUGUAAAAUUAUAUCUGGAGAUAAUCUUUUAACAACUGUUAAAUGUGCUAAAGAUAGUAAGAUUUUAGAUCCUAAAGAUAAUAUUAUUAUACUAAAUUCGCUAAAGGAUGCUUUUUAUUUAAAUAAACCUAGUGAAAAAGUUGAUAUUAUUUAACUAUUUAAUAGUAAGUAGAUUGAUUUUAAGUUAGGAAUUACUGGGACUGCGCUUAUAGAUAUUUAAUAGAUGAACAAUUAAUAAUUACUUAAAAAUAUUCUCGAUUAUACUACCGUUUUUGCAAGAAGCAAACCAGAAUAGAAAACUGAAAUUAUUUACAUGUAUUAAACUUUAUUUAAUUUAAAAGUUGGAAUGAUAGGUGAUGGAGCUAAUGAUUGUUCUGCUAUUAAAUAAGCAGAUAUAGGCGUUUCUUUUUGUGAAGCAGAUGCGUCUUUUUCAGCACCUUUUUCUUAUUAGGGAAAGUCUAUUAGUUGCCUUAUUAGUAUUUUGGCAGAAGGUAGAUGUGUUAUAUCAAAUAUGAUUGAAUGUUAUAGGCAUUAUGUUACUAUUAAUGUUUAUAAAUAUGCGAUAUUUAUUAUACUAAUUUAUGAAUAUAGCAAUUUUUCUAGUUUUUAACUAAUGUAUAUAAACUAUUUUAUUGCUAUUCCUUUAAUGUCAUUUGUUUCAUUAAGUAAACCUUUAAAAACUUUAAGUAAAAUCAGACCUAAUUGCAAUUUAUUUACUAAAGAGAAUGCUUUAUGUAUGGGAGGAUAGUUUAUAUUUGGAUCAGCUUGUCUUUAUUUUUGUUAUUUACAUUAUAGAUAAUAAGAUUUUUAUUAGGAUAUAAAAUCAUUAAAAAAUGGGGUUAUUUAUAAUGAUUAAAAUAUCGCUGUUAACAUUAUCUUUUUAGCAACUAAUAUGUAUUUUUUAGUGUCUUCGAUGGUCUAUUAUGUUUCUAUGCCUUUUAAAUAAAUAAUGUAUAAAAAUAGGGUAUAUUUUAUUUGGAUGUUAAUAUUUUUUAUAUUUUCAAUAUUAUAAUAUUUGUUUAUUGAUAUUUUUGGGUUUAAAAUAUUUAAAUUUGAUAAAGAAUUGUACACUUAGAAAAUAUUUUUAGCUUAAUAAUUAGCUAUAGUGCUUAUUUUUAUUAUUCUUAGUAUAUUUUGGGAAGAAGGCUUUAUUAAAUAAAGAUUUAUUUUUUCUAAAAUAACAAAGAAAUAAGUAUAAUGA